GUUGUACAUUGCCUUCCCAUGGACCACGACGACACCUAGUGGCCUCUGAUAAUGUAUUCAUCUUGUGCUUGUUUGUGUUUCUAUGCCUAUUCGCUGAAAAUUUCAAGUACUUUAAUAUCAUGGCCCACCAAACGUUUAUUUUGCAUUUUCUUUGCCUUGAACUCGAACAAAACAUUAAGCCCCAGCAUUCGUAGUACCCGAAAAAGAUGUUCGGCAGCUGCCCGCUUCGUAGUUUAUUUAGCUGCCACCUGCUUCUUCGUUGUUUGCGCACUUCAUCUUCUGCUCCACGUUAACGUUAACCUUGUCAAAGGAUCUUCGAGUGCAGCUGAAGAUGUGGUCGUGGAUAAAAACGUAUCACCGGGACGAGGUCGUGGCAACCUUCAGAUCAUCGCGAACUAUUUUCGCAACCCAGAUUUGUUCCGUUCCACGGAUGCGAAUGUGCACGACGAGGUCUUGACGGCGCUGAGUGGUGAGAUUUUAUUUGCGUCUACUCGAUUUUCAUCUGUAAAAACAGGAGCAACGAACAGCACCUCCACUGACCUCCACCACCUUCUGCUUCUCGCCGCUCGAUUAGCCGGGGACAGCACGUCGAAAAAUCCGAAGUACUACCGGGAACUCGACCGCCGGUUUCGGCAGUGGCGACAGAAUGAGUUUGCGACGUUUGGGAAAUAUUGGACAUGUGGACCGCUGAACGUCCGACGGAGCGAUGAGUUUUUCGCAAGUGCGAUAAUUUCUGAUGCGAAGACACGAAGUAGAAACGGAGACGAAGUAAAAGCCGCAGGCUCGGCUGGCGCAAGAUCAAACAAGAACGAUUCACCAAGAAUUUUCCCCGCCUCCAAUCUCAUCAACCCGCUUCCAGUCGUCUGGUCCGAAGCGGAUCUGAUCCCCUUCCCCUUUCUCGAGCAGUUUCUGGAGCUGAAAGAAACGCAGAAGCGGUUCAAACGGGAUAUUGCGGACGGUGGGGAAAAAUUGGAAGAGUUGUUUGCCGCUGUACUGGGCAGGGAGGCUCAGCACGCGCAGGACUUGGGAAUCGCACAACUAGACGAAGAGUUGUUGGCCACUUCUAGUUUGGAAUCUGAAUCAGAAUCUUCAAGCUUGAAUAACGCCGGCCGGCUGUUUCAGAAACUGCUCGAAUCCGUCGUCACAGAGGGCAACGCCAUCUCGUCUGUGACGUUGCUGCGGCAUGACAAAGACGCAGCACAACUCCUGAACAAGCAAAACCCCCAAGACCACCGGGUAAACCAAGCCGCCUGUCAAGUAGUGCCCCGGAUCUGCACAGAGCUACUCGACCGACCGGAAAUCAAGCGCUGCGACGAGGCGUCGGCCUCGCUGUUGCGAUUUUCAUCUUCUGGGGAAGACGACGAGCACCUCCAAGCGCAGACUCAAAUAAAAAUUUUUGAUGCAGACAGGAACGGAUUGCAGCAACAGUCAGAAGCAGACAGCACGACCGAGGCAGUCACUUCCACCGCAAGUACUAGACCACUUCUCCUUUCCCGUCCGGUGCUAACAGUGGUGGUUCUGUUGCACGCCAAAAACCUCAUCGCAAAUAACGCGACACUUUCCCUCACCGUUGGUGAUGGUACAACUCAUCAAGAAGCUGGUCAGGCUGUAUCACCUCCCAAGAACUCUUUGCCGCUGAAACUCGGAAAGCCG